GGCUCCGCCCCGGGCUAUAUGAGGCGGCGGCGGCGGCAGCGGGGAAGGCGGUGAGCGGCUGGUCGUGUGUGGGCGACAUGGCUUUGCUUCGGGAGGACGCACAGAGCAAGCUGAGGUCUGUAUCUGUAGACCUGAACAUUGAUCCUUCUCUCCAAAUUGAUAUACCUGAUGCUCUAAGUGAAAAGGACAGAGUGAAGUUCACUGUGCAUACUAAGACUACGCUGCCAGCUUUUCAAAGCCCUGAGUUUUCAGUUACAAGGCAGCAUGAAGACUUUGUGUGGCUGCAUGAUACACUCACUGAAACUGAGGAGUAUGCAGGACUCAUUAUACCUCCAGCACCUUCAAAGCCUGACUUUGAUGGUCCCAGAGAGAAGAUGCAGAAGCUAGGGGAAGGAGAAGUGUCUAUGACAAAAGAAGAGUUUGCCAAAAUGAAGCAAGAGCUAGAAGCUGAAUACCUCGCUGUCUUCAAGAAGACUGUAUCAUCACAUGAAAUCUUCCUUCAGCGGAUUUCUUCUCAUCCUGUGCUCAGCAAAGAUCGCAAUUUUCAUGUUUUCCUGGAGUAUGACCAGGAUCUGAGUGUUCGGAGGAAAAACACAAAAGAGAUGUUUGGUGGCUUUUUAAAAAGUGUGGUAAAGAGUGCUGAUGAAGUUCUCUUCUCUGGAGUCAAGGAGGUAGAAGACUUUUUUGAGCAAGAGAAGACUUUUCUUGUAAACUACUACAACAGAAUCAAGGAUGCGUGUUCAAAAGCAGAUAAGAUGACAAGAUCUCACAAAAAUGUUGCAGAUGACUAUAUUUAUACUUCAGCUUGCUUGAACAGCCUGGCACUAGAAGAACCUACAGUUAUCAAAAAGUACUUGUUGAAAGUUGCUGAGCUCUUUGAGAAACUCAGGAAGGUAGAGAGUAGAGUUUCAUCUGAUGAAGACUUAAAGCUCUCUGAACUGUUGAGAUACUACAUGCUCAAUAUAGAAGCUGCUAAGGAUCUUCUGUACAGACGUACAAGGGCUCUUGUUGACUAUGAAAACUCAAACAAAGCUCUAGAUAAAGCCAGACUAAAGAGCAAGGACGUCAGGCUGGCUGAGGCACAUCAGCAGGAUUGUUGUCAGAAGUUUGAAAAGAUUUCGGAAUCUGCAAAACAAGAACUGAUGAGCUUCAAACAGAAGAGAAUAGCUGCAUUCCGCAAAAACCUAAUUGAAAUGGCAGAACUGGAAAUAAAACAUGCAAAGAACAAUGUCUCUCUCCUGCAAAGCUGUAUUGACUUGUUCAAGAACUAAGGCGCCUUACUCUGAAAAAUGUGAAAAAAGCAUCAAUUGCACUCAAUGGACAGGGGCAACUUAUUGGCUUGAUUUCAUUAGCUUAAAAUAAAUAUUGUCACUGAGAUUGUUUGACUAAUACUUAAAUAUGUUGAUAGUGAUGCAUUGACUUUCUUGGUAUAAAUGGGAGCUGGAUUGUGUAUGAAUUGUCUGGAUGUAGCUAAACAUCCUGUUAGCUGAUAACUCAAAAUGAGUCAAAUGUAAGAAAUCAAUUUGCUGUUGACUGACUUCAUCUAGCAGAAAACAUUUUCUGAGGAGAACUCCUUUUUUGCAGGAUCAUAAAGUAAUCUAUCUCUUCAUAGCCCUGAUAUAUUUAAAACUUGCAAGUGGAGUGACUUGUAUAAGUGUAGUAAUUUUAUAAAGUAAAUAUCUUAACAUUCCACUUCCCAGGCAGAUUUCUACUACAAUAUAUUUUGAAUUUCUAUAACUACAUUCAGUAUUUGUACACUUGGGCAAUACAGCAAAUAAAGAUGUCUGAUACAACAA